AGGAAUACCUCGUCCUCAUUUUCCUUUUCAUGCACAUGAAACACACAGCAGGCCCAGAAUGAGAUCCAAGUGGCUUAAAGGAUCACUUCUCUCCUUCACUUUGGCCACAGGUGUGCUGUACCUCAGCUCCAUUAAGAGGGAAGUCCAUACCCAUUCAGAGGCACUCCAGAAGGCCCACCAAAAUGACUCCAUCAGGAGUGAGGGAAUGCUCAAGAGGAUGGACAAGAUGGAAAAAGACAUCGACCGGCUGCUCGAUGUCAUAAAUAAAUUUGAAAAGAUGGAACCGGCACCACAGGGGGUGGCAGAGGUGAAGAAAGAGAGGAAGGCGGUGAGGAAGCUGUACCCGAACUCGAUUCUCUUCAGCAAGUGGGGCAACGAGCUGUCGGAGGAGGAGCAGAAGGAGGCCGAGAUGUUGUUUAAAAAAUACGGGUACAACGCCUUCCUCAGUGACAGGCUGCCACUCAACAGAGAGAUCCCUGACACCAGGCCCCAAAGGUGUGCAGAGAAGAAGUACCCAGAAGAUCUGCCUACCCUCAGCGUUGUGUUGAUCUACCUGAACGAAGCUCUUUCUGUCAUCAAAAGGGCCAUCCGCAGCAUCAUAGACAAGACGCCACCCCGGCUGCUGAAAGAAAUCAUACUGGUGGACGAUCACAGCACAAACGAGGAUUUAAUGGAGAAACUGGAUGAAUACAUCAACUCCAUCCAUGAGGAGCGUCCAAAACUGGUGAAGAAGGUCAGGCACUCUGAGCAGCUCGGCCUCACCCAGGCCAGACUGUCAGGGUGGAAGGCUGCUGUGGGGGACGUGGUGGCCAUCUUGGACGCUCACAUAGAAGUCCACGUGCAAUGGGCAGAACCGCUGUUAGCUCGCAUCAAAGAAGACCGGACCGUGAUAUUGACACCAGUGUUUGACAAUGUCAAGUAUGAUGAUUUGACAUUGAUUCCUUACAUACCUGCGGCAGAUGCAUUUGACUGGGCUCUUUGGUGCAUGUAUGAGUCAUUCAGACCUGAGUGGUACGCCUUAAAGGACGAGUCGCAACCCGGCAAGAGUCCCUCCAUCAUGGGGAUUCUUGUGGCUGAUCGCAAGUUCUUUGGAGAAAUCGGAAGCCUUGAUGGUGGAAUGAAAAUCUACGGUGGUGAAAAUGUGGAGCUUGGCAUUCGGGUAUGGCUAUGUGGAGGCAGCAUAGAAGUUAUACCUUGUUCUAAAAUCGCCCACAUUGAACGGGCCACUAAGCCUUACCUUCCAGACUACAGUGUAAUGGUGAAACGUAAUGCACUGCGGGUGGCCGAGGUAUGGAUGGACGAGUAUAAGUACAAUGUCAACAUUGCCUGGAACCUUCCCCUUGAGAAUCAUGGGAUAGACAUUGGGGAUGUGUCCGAGAGGAAAAAGCUGAGAGAGAGACUGAACUGCAAACCUUUUAAGUGGUAUCUGGAAAAUGUUUAUCCUCAGCUGGACCCUUUGGAUGACCUGCUAGGCUACGGAGUGCUGAUAAAUGACUUGAAACCAGAUCUUUGUAUUGACCAAGGCACAGUGCCUGGGAACACACCCAUUGUGUAUGCCUGCCACCGCUACACACCUCAGCACUGUUAUUAUCUCACUAAAGGACAUCUCUACAUUGGCGGAAUCAAAUCACACAAGUACAACAGUAACCGCUGUCUGGUAGAUCCCGGCACUGGAGUUUACCCUGGACUGUAUGAGUGCAAAAUCGCCAAGCAGAAGAAGUUCCACAUGCUGUGGGAUUUUAAACAGAAAGGACCUAUCCAGAACAGAGAAACAAAGAGGUGUCUGGAAAUUGCGAUGGGUGCAGAUGGUUAUUACAAACUUGUUGUUCAGCAGUGCAGUGGUCAGAGCUGGAAGAUAGAAAAUCUCAUCAAAGACCGAAAGACUAUUGGGCAGGACCCAAAAUAGAGGACAAAAAAAAUCUGCCUUUUUAAAAUUGCAUUUAACAUCAGAGAAAGACUUAGACUGUUAGACUGUUCUAUACUGUAUAGGCUUCAACCUUUAUGAGCUGUCACUUUGUCAUGAAGCAACAGCCCUUAGAGGGCUACACCUAAACUCAUAGAACCUGGGGUUUUAGUAAGUAACCGUUUUACUUGGUACUGGAGUGUCGAGUGUGUGCACGUGAAAAUGUGAGAGGAUGUGAUCAUUUUUAUUUAAUUCAUGUUUUUUUACAUUUGUAAUUUAACUUUGUGACACAAUAUAUGAAGUAUUGUUGGGGUAUUUCUUUGUCUUGGUUUGGAAAACAAAAAUGUCCUCAUAAAUAACUGCUGUCUCCGUGUUUUUGUGAAAUUCAUUUUUAUGAUGAAAAAUGGAAAAUAGUUCAAAUCGGGACCUACCUUCCCAUGUCAGACACCCCCCCACCCCCCCACCCCAAAAUAAAAAAAAGUAAA